AUGGUCGGCCAAGAAAUCAGCGAUGUUCGACUCUCGACAUUUUUAAAAAUACUGACAAUAAUUGCAGGAAUUGGGCUUAUAGCACUCUCAGUCUACAAGUUUACAAGACUUUCUUUUUCAGGCCCUAGGGAUUUUUCUUUAACAGUCUACUAUAUCAUUUUCGGCUUCCUUGUAUUUUUUGGCGAAAUGCCCUGCAAGUGUUUUAUUUCUUUCUUUUCAUUUUUAGGUUUUUACAUUGGAAAAGCCAUAUUUUGCUUUUUCCUCGGGACCAUUAUUUUUUAUCCAAGCAAUAUAUGAUACUUAAUUCUUUCCAUAGCUUUUUUUACUAUUUCUGCAAUAUACUUUGUAUUUGCUUUAUCCUGCAAAAAUAAGCUAAUAGACAAAGACGACAACCCUAAAAAUAUCAAGUCAAGUGAAGGGUCAGUGCCAGCACCUUUUUCUUCAUCACAAAUAAAUACUAACCAUAUCUAA